AUUCUCUCGUGGGCCCUUCUCGCUAUAUUGUUCACUUGUGGGUCCUUCUCACUGUUAUUCUCUCGUGGGUCCUGCUUAGUGUUGUUCACUUGUGGGCCCUUUUCACUAUUGUUUUCUUGUGGAUCCUGUUAUUAGUCUCUCGUGGGUACUGCUCAGUAUAUUAGACAGUUCUCUGGAUCCUAGCUGCUAUUUUUUUCUCACCUGAAUUAAAGCACAUAUUUUAUUUGAUCCUGACUCUAUAUGCAAGUGUUUAUCUUUUGUCUUGUUGCUCUAGCACUUUUGGUACACAUAUCUGAUUACUGGUCAGGUAUGGCCUUUAUAAGACUAGUGAAUACAUCCGUUCUUUCUGAUAGCAAGAUAUUGUUGCCGUGGUCUAUUAUUCGAUUGAAUGAUGAAGCAAUUACGAUUGAAGAGUUUUACAGAGAUUGUGUUGAGCCUCGAUUAGAGGGUAAUCAUUUUCAAGUAUCUUCAGCUUAUGUAGGACAGGACAGAAAUUCACUAGAUCUUGUGGACGAACUCAGUUUACCAGUUUUAUCAGUAGUCUCAUUAUUUGGGCCAUUCCUCAGGUAUUUAGUAGUUUCUACUUCUCCUUCUCCUGUACACAAUGAUGUAUCUACACAUAACUCUACUUUACUAACAGUUCAAGCUUAUUCUGUAAAUGAGAGAACAAGGAAAGAUAAACUAUUUAAUGAUAUUGUUUCUUUUCUUGCAUCAAGUUCAGUUAGCUUUGAAGAGUCAGAGUUUGAUGAUGGUAAACAACUACUGGUACUAUUACGUGAUAUUUUUUGGUACAUUGAUGGCCAUCAUCAUGUUUUUGAACAAAGAGCAAAGGAAAUUCCCCCAGUAUUUAGUUUUUUAGUUGGCUAUAAUGUACCUCAGCUGUCUAAGCACCGAAAGCGCCUAACAAUGAAUAUCUCAUCUGAUCAACUACAAGCAUACUCUUUAAAGCUGUCUACUUUUUUAAGUAAGCCAUACUGGAACAGACCUCCUUGGGUGUCACUAAAACCUCACUUUUUUGCUUUGAUGGAAAGUCUUUCAAGUUAUUCUGAAUAUUUGUUUCGCAAGAACAAAUACAUGAAGUUAAAUCACAGGUCACCAACACCCAUUAGAGAGGUAGCACGUAAUAUUCAUACGACUGUUUGUGGAACCUUGCAAUGAUUC